GAACAGCCGUGCUCAUUGCUGAUAUAGCCAUCUCGCCAUGAAGCUCGCCACCCUGCUUGCCUCCGCCGUUGCCCUUCUGGGCUACGCAGGAGCUCACGGACAGGUUCAACAAUAUCAGAUCGCAGGCAAGUGGUACAAUGGGUACCAUUCUUACGCUCCGAACUCGAUACAGCGCUCCUUCACUAGCGGAGACCCGCUCUUAGACAUGAACAGCAACACUAUCCGUUGCAACAAUCCAGGACACGCCGCCCUUGAGCAAGCUACCGUUGCCGCCGGGUCAUCGGUUACAGCUUACUGGGGUAGCUGGCCUCACACACACGGCCCCGUCAUCGUAUGGAUGGCCAAAUGCCCGGGUAGAUGCUCAGAUUAUGACGGCAGCGGCAACCGCUGGUUCAAGAUCUCCCAGGGCGGACUCCUCGGUGGUAAUCAGAAGGACGGCGAGUGGGGCCAGGUCCGGAUGAUCGCGCAGAACGCGAGCUGGACCACUUGGAUACCGGAAUCGCUCGCUGCAGGCGAGUACUUGAUGCGCCAUGAACUGGUCGCUCUCCAUGAUCCUGGAAAGCCGCAGUUCUACCCACAAUGUGCUCAGCUCACUGUGACCGACGGACAAGGCAAGAACCCUCCUUCUUCGGCGUAUGCUUCGAUCCCUGGUGUCUACAAGACCGACGAUCCUUCCCUGAAUAUCAACAUCUAUGCCAGCGACGGGCAGAAGACUACCUGGGCUGCCCCUGGUCCCGCGCCCUGGUACGGUUAA